AUGAGGACACGCCAGGAGCUAGAAAUUGAUUCCUGUUCAAUUGUAUCCAUAAUUGUGGCUUGUGCCACCUCCCCUUGGACUAAGGGUCAAACAUCAACCUUUCCAACAACUUGCAUCUUUCCAAGCCUGAGUUGUGCCCAUUCUUGGACACAACAUUUUGGCCUCUGCGGCCGUAAUUUGACGCAAUCCGGAAUGGCGACUACAACAUCUGGGGAUACACAACAGUCCGUGGAUGAAGAGAUUGCGAAAUUGGAGGCCGCGCUUCAAGAAUGCAGAGAGCGUAGGAAUCGGUUGGCUCCCGUAUCGCGCCUCCCUAACGAAGUACUCUCCGCCAUUUUCCUGUUCGUCAGCUCUGGAGCGCUGAAGGUUCUUCGGAAUGGGAAGUACUCGAUGAAGUGGGUGGCAUUCAGCCAGGUGGCGAGGCACUGGAGGAUGGUCGCUCUCGACUCUCCGACAGUCUGGCAAGUGAUUCGUUUGGACUACUCCAGCGCGUGCGUGCACGAACUGCUUCGUCGGUCUGGAGACGCCAGUCUUACGGUCCUCGCGAAUGCGUUUGCGCAAUGGCAGACUCUCGACUCCCCUAAGGUCAAGCUUCUAUCGACAGUUCUGACCCAUAUCCAUCGCAUUCAACGGAUGCAGCUCGUGGACAUCAAAUUCAACAUUCUGCGGGCGUUGUUCAAAGAUUUACCUGUCGCCGAACGCCUCGAUGACCUCUUCAUCAGGACACCUUUAUCAUCCAACUCCGAUUUCGCACUUCACGCAGGCAUGCUCGCAAAUAACCAGCGUCUCCGAAACAUGACGCUGAAUGGAUGCUGGUUGGACAGAUGGGACGCGGAGGUGCUCAGUGGCCUCACAUCGUUAACUCUCUGGAACGUGCAUGGCAGUUUUCUGUCGACGGAUCAAGCACUCGACAUGUUGCAAAGGAUGUCCGCGUUGGAAUACCUCGAGAUGUACCACGCGUUGCCUACUCUCCCGGAACAACCUCUCAGCAGGGUUGUCAGCCUCCCCCGGCUGAAACGGUUGUCCAUUACUGCUCGCAUUCCUAAAAUCACCAACCUAUUGGACCGGCUUGCCCUUCCGACCACCACGGUCAUCUCAUUGGAAUCAGACCAGGCAUUGCCAGGAAAUUCCUUCAUCUCCACCCUCCGUUUGUCCCUAACCAAGCUCUUUGGCACCCCCUCCACAACAAACGAAGAGCGAAAACCUUUCACUCAUCUCAUCGUAUCAUGCAAGGGCAACCGUCGGCUAAUUCUGAAGCUCUCGGAUUCAUACGUGGAUGACGCUCUUGAACGGGAACAGCCCUCAAAUAUAUUCCCUGUGUUUCAGCUCGACCUCGAUUUUGGAACUGCAGCCAAGGUUGAGGAGGCAGUUUUCAAUCUGCGAGACGUUUUCCCGCUGCAAGGGGUGAAGAACCUGGAGUGUAGCGCUCUCACGCUGCAAACUUCCACUUGGGUGCGAGCCUUUGGACGCAUGCCCAAUGUUCGGUGGAUUCACGCGUCUGGCGAGACUGGUCCGGGCAUAGCACACGCUUUGGUCCCUCGGAUCAAUCCGAAGGCUACCUCUCAGACCUCUCCAGAACCCCACGAAGUUAUGGUGCCCUUCCCCGGACUGCGUUCAGUGACAUUCUUCGGGGUUUCGUUCGCCGGAGAUCUGACAGUCAAACUGUUAAUCGAUUAUCUUCAGCGACGAAAGCGGCGAGGCAGCACGCUGGAAAAGUUGCAUCUGACGUGCUGCUACUACCUGGAGGAGAAAGGUGUCAAAAAGCUGGAAAAGCAUGUCACCGUUGCUUGGGAUGGAUUUAGUGGUAACAGCAGCGAUUUACUGAUGACAGAGGAUGGAUCCGAUUUCUGA